GCGGAAAAUACAACCACCUCUCUCUUUCCCUGUAAGGAGUUCAGUGCAUUUGGGAAGUGAUCAGCUGAGGUGGGAUGUACAGAAAAGAGCUAUGGAUGCAAUUGAAUAUUUGGGAAGGAGAGUUACAGUUGGUGAUGUUGCUAGUAAGGCUGGUAUUCAGUUGAGUGAAGCACAAAAAGUUUUGCAAGUUUUGGCUACUGAUACUAAUGGUUUCUUGGAGGUGUCUGACGAAGGUGAUGUCCUAUAUGUGUUUCCUGAGAAUUAUCGGUCAAAUCUUGCUGCUAAAUCAUUUCGGAUAAAACUUGAGCCUUUGCUGGAGAAAGCAAAGAUGGCAGCAGAAUAUUUAGUCAGGGUUUCGGUUGGUACCUCACUUAUCGCUUCAAUUGUUAUCGUCAUGACGACCGUUAUCGUCAUUGCCUUAGGUGGUGAUGACAUACCCUUUCCUUACAUUGGUGAUAUAAGCUUUCCUUACAUUGGUGAAGACAAUCGUGGAAAACGAGUCACAUCUUAUGAUAGUGGUCUUUCCUGGUAUUGGGAUCCAAACUAUCAUAGGCGAGGACGAAUUCGUGAAGAUGGUGCCAGGAUGGACUUCUUUGAAUCUAUUUUCUCCUUUGUAUUUGGUGAUGGUGAUCCAAAUCAAGGUAUUGAAGAAGAGAGGUGGAAGUUGAUAGGACAAUAUAUACUGUCAAAUGGUGGUGUUGUCGUUGCUGAAGAACUUGCUCCCUUUCUCGAUGUAAAGACUCCCAACAACAUGGGUGAUGAAUCGUAUAUCCUUCCGGUGCUGUUGCAGUUUGAUGGUCAGCCGGAAGUAAAUGCAGAGGGGAAUAUUCUGUAUCGGUUCCCAUCACUGCAACGUACAGCUGCUCAUCAAUGGGGCAGAAGGAAGGAGUAUGUAGGAAAAAGAUGGCCUGACUGGGAUGGAGAGGUUGAGAAAUAUCUAAAAGAAACAAAUUGGCAAUUUAGUAAAACGAGUGUAUCACAAAUGGCAUUGGCCAUUGGUUUGGGUGUGCUGAAUCUACUUGGAGUUAUCGUUCUUGGUACCAUGUUGAAGAGCAUGGCUGUUAGUCCAAGUAGCCUCAUUUCAUCUGUGUCCAAGAUGUUUCCAUUACUUCAGAUUUUUGCUGGCUCGUUUUUCACCAUUCCUUUGAUUCGCUGGUUUAUUGUUCGAAAGAGAAAUUCUGAAAUUGAAAAGAGAAAUCAAGCAAGGGAACAAUAUGCCCGGGCACUUGAGCGUCCCGACCUCUCACUAAGGCGGAAGCUUUUGAGUGCUCAAGAUAUGGCUCAAAGAACUUUUAUUGGUCAAGAUCGAAUCGUUUACAGUACCAACAAGGAUUUACAUGAGCAAGAUUAUGAUGCCCAAGAAUGGGAGCAAAGAUUCCCUGAGGUCGAAAAACCUGAAUAGAUUACUACAACUAAGCCUCAGUUUCAAGUUAGUGGAACUUGGCUAUAUAAAUCCUCUCUCAUUAUUCACUUGGGCUCGUUCAUUCCAAUAUUCUGAGGAUGUCCAAUGUAUUGUGAUUAUGAAUUGACAUGUUCCGUGCUGACAACCUACAACAACUUUCCUCCUUUAUGCAGGCUUGAAAUUGUGAAUAAACUCACACAAGCAGAGUUGUUGAAUUGAUUAUGUUGUUGUAGAUAUUCUUUUCCUUUGCCGUACCUUAAUAUGCAAUAAGAGGACACAUAAAACAAUGUGUUGUUCUCAGGAAUCAAUAAAUGAGGCAGGCCAAGCUGCAAAUGGUUCAACUAUCAUGCCCUUUUUGUGUACAUUCUGUAUGUUUAACAAAAGCAGGAAUCCUCUUGGUCUCAGAACUACAAGAUUCAACAGAAAAUUCAUCAAGGAUGUACUAUCUUUAUAUUUCUUGAUGUCAUGUAUGAUGAUGAUAUAAAAUGAGCUUAUAUGAAGAAGUGAGGAUUUAUAUACCCAGUCCCAACUUGUUUGGGAUUGGGGCGUAGUAGUAGUUGUUGUUGUUGUUCAUGUACAAUCUGUAUAUUCAAGUGUAGGUUCUUUAGUCUUCU